UCUCUCAACAGUAGAACCCAUGCAAAAUACGUUUCGCCGAAUUGUUCUUGUGUUUCCAUGUAUUGCAUGCUUCAUAACAGCUAAAUUUAUAGUUUAAAUCAUGAGCGAAGAAUUGUCCGAAGCGGAUCGAGAACGCAUCAAUGCGAACCGCCAGCGAGCCAUCAGUCUCCGCCAGGCGAGACUUACCGCCCAUCCGUACAAAGAUAAACAACGCCCACCGGAAACCGCCGUCGCCAUCAACAAUGUCAUCAAAGUGUCCGGAACAAAGUACAUCGACAGCGGAGGAGGUUUCCUCAUCGAGCAGCGCACCUGUGUUGAUCCGAGCAAAGAGGAGAUACCCAUUGAUGAGAAGGAAGUGGAAAUAGAUUCCGUUCCUCUGCCGAUCGAGUUCGAUGAUUGCGUCGAGUGCGGAGACAAGUUUGCUGAUUCGUAUCUGUUGAACACGUUUGAGUACAAAGCAUGCGACGCUUGUCGAGAUUCCGACGGGAAGCACUCGUUGAUAACGAGGACGGAAGCCAAGCAGGAGUACUUGCUAAAGGAUUGCGAUUUGGACAAGCGAGAGCCUAUUUUGAAGUACAUCAGUCGCAAGAAUCCUCACAAUGUCCGCUGGGGUGAGAUGAAACUUUAUUUGCACCUUCAAAUCGAACAGCGAGCUUUGGAAGUGUGGGGCUCCGAGGAAAAUCUUAUACAGGAAAAAGAGCAGAGGGAUACGAAGCGGGAAGUGGCCAAAGUGAAGAAGUAUAAUAAAAGGCUCAAGGAGCUUAGGAUGGAUGUUCGGAGCAGUUUGUACGAUAAAACAUCGCAGUCUCACGUGCACAGCUGGAGUGAAAACGAGGUGCAUAACGAGGAGGAAGACACUUACACCCGCAGCUGCGAGUCCUGUGGACACAAGGAAACAUACGAGAAAAUGUGAUGGAUGCAGUAUUUUUACUUUUUAUUUUGAAUAUUGUUUUGUUACAGGCGAACAAUUAGAUUAUCAUUAAAACGGAAAUUUCUACAUAUCACUUGA